UAUAAAAAUGGAUUUGAAGAUAUCCACAGCCACGCUUUCAAUGGGACAAAGCUGAAUCAAUUAAUCCUGAAGGACAAUAAGAACCUCAGGCGGAUACACAACGACGCCCUGAGAGGGGCCACAGGGCCAGACGUCCUGGAUAUUUCUUCAACGGCGCUGGAGUCCCUGCCUAGUUACGGGCUCGAGGCCAUUCAAAUCUUAAACGCAACAUCAUCUUACUCAUUAAAGAGGCUGCCACCGCUGGAUAAAUUCAGCAGUCUUCUGGAAGCUGUUCUAACGUAUCCCAGCCACUGCUGUGCUUUUCGAAACCUAAGGACAGAAAAACAAAAUUCCUUGCUUGCCAUUUUUGACAGCUUCUCCAAAGAGUGUGAAAUCACCAUGAGGAAACCAGCUAAUGACAUAUUUUACAGAGAUGAUGCUUACAACACAUCGCUGUGGUCAGCAGAAAAGAACACAUACCCUUUCACAACAGAUCAAGAAACCUCUCCUUACAGCUACUCAGCCGUUUUUGAUGACAGUGAAAUGCUCGGCUUCGACUUCGAGUAUGACUUUUGUCAGCCUAAGAUACUCACGUGCACUCCGGAACCAGAUGCAUUUAAUCCCUGUGAAGACAUCCUGGGCUACAGCUUUCUCCGAGUCCUCAUCUGGUUUAUAAAUAUCCUUGCCAUCGCCGGCAAUUUCACCGUACUCCUCGUUCUCCUAACCAGCCACUACAAGCUCACCGUUCCUCGCUUCCUCAUGUGCAACCUCUCCUUUGCCGAUCUCUGCAUGGGAAUUUACCUGCUGCUCAUCGCUUCCGUUGACGCCCAGACAAGCGGCCAGUACUACAACCACGCCAUAGACUGGCAGACGGGCAGCGGCUGCAGCACCGCCGGCUUUUUCACCGUGUUCGCAAGCGAGCUCUCGGUGUACACGCUGACGGUCAUCACGAUAGAAAGGUGGCACACCAUCACCUACGCCAUGCAGCUGGACCGAAAGCUCCGGCUGAGGCACGCUGUGCCCAUCAUGCUCGGUGGUUGGAUAUUCUCCAUUUUAAUAGCAGUGCUGCCUCUCCUCGGUGUCAGCAGCUACAUGAAGGUGAGCAUUUGUUUACCCAUGGAUAUCGAAACGGGUCUUUCCCAAGCCUACAUACUGCUGAUCUUAGUGCUAAACGUUGUCGCCUUCGUUGUUAUUUGUGCUUGCUACAUUAAGAUUUACAUCGCUGUUCAGAACCCAGAGCUGGUAGCUGCCAAUAAAGAUACCAAGGUUGCGAAGAGAAUGGCCAUCCUGAUCUUCACGGAUUUUACCUGCAUGGCCCCCAUCUCCUUUUUCGCCAUAUCUGCUGCCUUUAAAGUACCUCUCAUCACAGUGACCAACUCCAAGAUUUUGCUGGUUUUAUUUUACCCCGUCAAUUCCUGCGCAAACCCAUUUCUGUAUGCCAUUUUCACCAAAGCAUUUCGAAGGGAUUUCUUUCUGCUGAUGAGCAAGCUCGGUUGCUGUAAAAGCCGAGCAGAGCUUUACAGGAUGAACUAUUUCUCUGCUUAUACCUCCAACUGCAAGAACGGCAGCUCAGCCGCAGUCCCCAGCAAAGCCUCACAAGCGCUGCUGCUCUUGUCGGCGUUAAAGCCGUAUCCUGCAGUACGAGACAAGACGUCUUACAAUGAAAAUUAAACCGCAGCGCCAAUAGCUGCAGCAAUUUUGCAAGGCCAGCUGUAAUUAUUCUAGUGACUAGGAAUUCUUUUAUAAUAUCUUGAACAUUUCACAAUAAAUAAAA